CCUUCCUUCUCCUCAACCCCCAAACAUGGAACGGUUCUCGGUGACACCGUCGCUUCCACGCGCCCGCACAGCAGCUGCUGUCGGCGCGCUGGCCCUCGCCAUGCUCGGCUGCCUGGCAGUCAUGCUCGCCCCGGGCCCAGCCUUCGACACUGCAGCGUACAUGGCUCCGGUGACGCGAUAUGCCAUCCCUGCCGACGAGGCUGUAGUUGCACACGAGGCAGGCCUGCUCCGCUACGCUGUUCCGUCGGAGGUCUACACUGUCGAUCCGGAGCACACGUUGACCGGCGCGGUGAUCACUGCGUCCGCGUCGCACGUUCCAGGCAUGGAUGGUGGCGCCCUUGCGGUGUUUGCAGCGGCAGAGGCUUCCAAGUCGCCAUACGUGGCCGAGCGGACGCGGCUGGUGUACACUGCGCGCUGCGCGCUCGAUGCCGCCGAUGGCAAGGACUGCAAAGUCGGUGAGCUCGGGUUUCAGUCGCUGGCGACGUCUGCGGCGGCAGUCGCCAGUCUGGACGCCGGCGCACGCGAGCAAGCGCUCACCUGGCUGACAGGCGAGAGCAUGUGGGAGGACGGCGCAGGCUUUCGCCCGGCGCCUAACCGGCAGGCGACGCUGCGCUCGGUGUAUGCCGGCUUGCACCUCGUUGCGCUCCUUGAUGGAUUCUCAAAGCUUUCCACGGAGCGUGCUGAUGCACUCGAGGUCAUCGUGGGGUUUGUGCUUGCUCAGCGCGACGCGUCGGUGGGCGGCUUUUGCGCUCGUGCCUCGCCCAAAGGCGUGAUCGCGCUCGGCAACCCGGACGCGGUGGCCUCCAUUGAGGCGACGUAUCUAGCAAUGCGCAUCCUGGCUGCUGUUGCCGAAACUGCGCCGGACCAGGUUCCCAGUAUUAGCUCGGCGCUGCUCGGUGACGAUGGCAACGGCCUGGCGCUGCUGCAGUCGUUUGUGGUCGAGGCGCAGCGGGCCGACGGCGGGUUUGGCAAGCAUCCGCUCACCACUCUGGCCGAGUACAUUGCCGAAGUCUCCGACCUUGCUAACACGCUCCGAGCGCUGGUGCUUGUGCAGCUGGACAUUCCAGCCUGGGCCGGGAACGACAUGCCUCCGCUGGCUGGCGCGGUGCUCCCGCGGGCACACGCCUUUGCCUCGGCCUGCUUCUCGACGCAGAUCGGCGUCUGUACCGACGACCUGUGCGAGGCGUUUGACUUUGACUCGGCGCUUCUGCUCACGCUUCUCCAGCCGCAUGCUGGCUGGAUCCUUGAGCCCCUGGCCUCGUCGCCGCAGGCGUUCUUCACUGCUGCAGUCGGACUUGUGGUCGCAUACAUCGGCAUGCUCUUUGCGCUGUAUGCCCCCCAGCUGACAGGCCUGCCGUGGCAUGAGCUGGCGGUGCAUGUCGGUGGUGUUGCCGCAGCCGGAGGCGUGGCGUACGGUGCGUGCGAGCUAGCAGGCUGGCCGAUUGUGGGUGCGGCAGGUGCUGCCGUCUUUCUGGUCCUCCACUGUGGGGCAUCGGCAAAGUUCCUCUUCUCCGGCCGUGACGAGACGCUUGCGACGCUGGUGGUUAUCAACGGGCUCACCCACAUGGCGCUAGUCCUCGCCAUGUACGCCGCCUUCCCGCUCCUUAUCCCGCAGGUGUACGGGCUCUACUUUCCGGCACUGGUGUACAUGAUGCUUGCGCCGCUGGUGACAGCGUUGGUGCGCGUGGCGGUGUACCCGAGCGCCGGCGGGCCGGUGCACGCUGACGAUCCAACGUCACCGACAGCCAACACAGUGGCAGCGUUCCGUGGCGCGCUCAUGGGCGCCGGACCCGGCCUCGCCCUCCAGUUUGUUGUUGUCUGCGUGCGGCCGGACUUGCCGGCGCUGGCGCGGCUGGCGCGGAUCGGCGGGCACCUGCCCAACAUCAUGCUUCUCCUCCCGGUGCUGCAGAUGCUCGGCGGCGCUUUCUUUGCCGUUGUGGCUGGGCGUGGUCUUGACAUGUUGGUGCAGCAUGCAAAGCCCAAGUCCGAGUAGAGCUAGUUUACACCCGCGCCGGCUCGAGGUCAUAAUCGUCAUAGUAGUCCCAGUCUGAGAACGCGUCCUCAGCCUCGACGCCGGGCAGACCCGAGGUCGGCGAGAGUGGCAG